ACAAAAUUGUAUGGCCACACCUAUACAUACCUAUUCAUCAGCUUUCAUUAAAAAGAAUCCCCUCAAAUCAAUCGUUAGAUCGUGUUUCUUACUAAGACAGCAAAAGCAGAGAGUUGGGCUCACCCUGUAUCUUCUGUGAAAAUUACUUAUAAACAAAAACACUUCUAAUUUUGAAAUUAUGGCGACUAAGAGCGUAUACAAUCCAAGAGCCACUGUCAAACCAUAUCCUGCCUUUAAUGCUUACCAUGAUGCAGAAAAUCUUCGCAAUGCUAUGAAAGGACUAGGAACUGAUGAAGAUGAAAUUAUCGAUAUUUUGACAACUCGCACCAAUCUUCAACGACAGAAAAUAAUUGAAGCAUUUAAAGCAAGUUAUGAUCAGAGCCUGAUUGAUGAAUUGAAAUCGGAACUCGGAGGGUACUUUGAAUGUGUGGCUGAAGGUCUAAUGCUGACUCCUGGAAAAUUUGAUGCAAAGGAAAUGGCAAAUGCGAUGGAAGGUGCUGGAACCGAUGAGCAUGUCCUAAUAGAAAUUCUUGCUACACGGACCGCCCAACAACUUUGGGCACUUGCUGAAGCCUACCAAUCAGAGAACGCUUCAAGUUUAAAGGAUGAUCUCAAGUCAGAGAAUUCUGGUGACUUCGAGGAACUUUUACUGUCCCUGCUGAAGGGUAACCGUGAUGAGAGUUGCCGUGUGGAUGAAGAUCUUGCAAAUCAAGAUGCUAAAGGAUUGUUUGCUGCAGGAGAAGAUAAGUGGGGAACUGAUGAGACCACAUUUAUUAAAGUAUUUUGCAGGAGGAACUUCGCUCAUUUGCGAAAAGUGUUUGAUGAAUACUAUCAACUAACUAACAAAGAUAUUGAAGACACCAUCAAAGAUGAAAUGUCUGGCACAUUUCAAAUGGGAAUGCUAGCUUUGGUGCAAUAUGCAAAGAAUCCAGCUGCUUAUUUUGCCACAAAACUUUAUGAAUCGAUGAAGGGUGCCGGUACAGACGACAGAAGCCUCAUUCGAAUUAUAAUCUCUCGGUGCGAGGUGGAUAUGAUUGACAUCAAAGCUGAAUUUAUGAAGCAGUAUGGAAAGUCAUUAUAUUCGUACAUUCAGGAUGAUGUGGGAGGAGAUUAUAGAAAGAUCUUGCUGCGACUCUGUGGGAUGGAUGAUGCUGAAUAAUGCAGCACAUUUAAAGUUUCUGAAAAAGUGGCCAUAAUUAGGACUUUGGAUGUAAAAUGCAUAUCUACACUGUCUUGUUCAUUCCCAUUUACUUGCAUUCUGUAUACUUGAAGUAUUAAAGUUUCAAUUCACAAUAAAUUCAACAGUUGGGAUAUAGAGCUGGAUCUUGAAAUCCACAAUGUGUUUGCCUAACACAUUUUUAACCUUAAAUCAGUGUUUCCAUAAACACCAGAUAAAUAGUGCAUUUUUGUUCUUGUUGAACUGUUUCCCAUCAGUCAUUGUUUUAAAAAAUCUGUCUAAACAAAAAUCAGCGUUUUACACAAAAGACUGGUGUUUGAAAAACACUUAAAUUGGUUGGCAGCACUUAAAUUAUAUUUAAUAUGCUGAGCACUGAAUGUUGUAAUAAUGGAACACUUUAUCUUCUAAAUUGUGUUUUAUAUUUGUUGAACUAGGAAUCCUUAUUUGUGCUCAGCAUGAUGCUAUUAAAUGUUUAGUUGGGGAAGAGUUUCAUUUUGUAUCUACUGCCUUUUUGUUAUAAAUAUUUUGGUUUACAGCAGAUUUCGAUUUGAAGAUCCUG